GGUCAAAAGGUCUUGCCACAAGACCACAGAAUCAACUCAAAAUGCCUGUUGCAAAUGUCUGUAGGCUCGGAACUUGUCCACUCGAAUAUGGAAUGGUACAUUACCAACCUACCCUGUUUGGAAAUGUAUUUUACCUCAGCAUAUUUGCUGCUCUUCUCAUCAUGCACAUCAUCCGGCUAUGGCGUUGGAGUGCGUGGAGUUUUUCGUGCUGUAUGCUUACUGGACUUAUUAUCCUCGAAAUAACUGGCUAUCUUGGUAGAAUUCAAAUGCAUUAUGAUCCUUUUGCUUCAAAUCCAUUCUUGAUCUACCUGAUAUGCGUAACAAUCGCGCCCGUCUUCUUUACAGCAUCAAUAUAUAUGACCUAUUCUCGCAUAAUUCUCCACUAUGCGCCACAUUUAUCGAGCUUUACCCCCAAGGCUAUCUCUAUCACUUUCAUGGCUGCUGACUGGAUCGCACUUAUUCUCCAAGCAGCUGGCGGAGCGAUUGCAGAUACCGCUGCGACAGAAGCCGGGAUGAAAAGUGGGACAGAUAUCUUGGUCGCAGGGCUGAGCUUUCAAGUGCUUGGCUUGAUCGUGUUCAUGAUAGUAGUUGUAGAUUAUACCUUAAAAGUAAGCGGGGAAAGAACUCGAAGACAAGCAGCAAACUGGGCGACAGGUGAAGAUAAAAUAGGGACAAGCGAAAGGAAAAUGAGGUAUCUCUGCUGCAGCCUUACUGUGGCAACUGUCCUCAUCCUCAUCCGUUCAAUAUUCCGUGUCGUAGAACUUGCUAAAGGAUUUCAGUCGAAGCUUGCCAAUGAAGAGGUCCCUUUCAUGAUACUUGAGGGAGCAGUUAUGAUAUUGGCUACCACAAUUAUGACGAUAUUUCACCCCGGGUUAAUUAUCAAGGGGAAAUGGAAAGAAUCCGGCUGGGAAUUAAAGGGAUGGAAGAAUGAGCGUAAUUGACCAGGUGCGGGGGUAAAGGGGAAUAUGGUGUGGUGUCGGUUGGACGGGGUAUCAAAUUAGCAUACUAGAUAUAUAUGUAGAAUACUUCAGGUAACCAUAUUGCUAAUAACGCCUCA